UAAGCCACCAGUGGUCUUUUGGAGAGAUGAUUCUCACAACUGUACAACUGGUGUGCAUUGGCAACUGUUCCUACUCAGGAACUGGUGACUUCAGUCUAUCACAUAAACCUUAAAGUUGCAAUGAUUACAGGAGUAAGCAAGAUCCCAAUGAACACUUAGUCAAGUUUUUUGAACCUAUUCUCCCUUCUCACUGUUUUUUAACUUUCCUCUUAUUUAAUUCUACCUUCUUUGUUUUUCUUGUUUCUUCUCUUUGUUAUCAGAGUGAAACAUAUUCAUAAGCAAAGAUAUAGUUCCCCAAACUUGGCCAAUAGUAAUACCUCCUCUUAUGCUGACUUUUGCCAGAGAAUAAGGCAUUUCCCUUUCCUGAUGUGCAAAAUGUCACUUUGGUGAUGAUUAAAUUUGUAGUAGAUUACACAAAGUGAGCAGUAAUACAUGAGUGACUCUCUCUUUCUAUGAGAAAAUGGAUGAGUGGUUUUUGAGGACCUAGAAUAACUUCUUUGACAACUACCUAGAUGUUCUUUUCCCCUUAAUUGCUAUUUCUAACUCCCACAGAAGAUGUUUCUCUAACCAUGUUUUAUGUCUUAGAGUCAUUCAUCAUGCAGAGGGGAUUUUUCUGAUGGUUUUUCUAUUGUUGCAGGUUAAUGGCAUCACUUUCAAAUGACAUCCAUGGAGAACAGAUCUGAAGUGAAUGAGUUCAUCCUUACAGGAUUAACAGAUGUUCCAGAGCUUCAGGUCCCUCUCUUCAUAAUGUUCACCCUCAUCUACCUCAUCACCCUGGUAGGGAACCUGGGGAUAGUAGCUCUAAUCUCCAGUGAAUCCUGCCUCCACACACCCAUGUACUUUUUCCUCAGUAACCUCUCUCUGGUGGAUUUUGGCUACUCCUCAGCUAUUACUCCUAAGGUGAUGUCUGGACUUCUCACAGAGAACAAGGUUAUAUCCUAUAGUGGAUGUGCUACACAGUUUUUCUUCUUUGGGUUUUUUGUUACUACUGAAAGUUUCCUCUUAGCCUCCAUGGCCUAUGAUCGCCAUGCUGCUAUUUGUAAACCUCUAUAUUAUACUACCACAAUGACAUCUACAGUAUGUGCACAUCUGGCCAGUGGUGCUUACAUCUGUGGCUUUCUGGCCUCCUCCAUAGUCAUAGGAAGCAUGUUUAGCCUUUCCUUCUGUAGGUCCAACAUAGUCCAUCACUUUUUCUGUGAUGUUCCCCCUCUCCUAGUUCUCUCUUGCUCUGACACUCACAUCACUGAGUUAAUACUCUUUAUCUUAGGGUCAGUAAAUACCCUUUUCCCAUUUCUUGUCAUCUUUACCUCUUACUUGUUAAUCUUCGUCACCAUCCUGAAGAUCCAUUCUACUGAAGGCCGCCAGAAGGCAUUCUCUACCUGUGCUUCCCAUCUCACAGCAGUGUCCAUAUUCUAUGGGACAAUCUUCUUCAUGUACUUGCAACCCAGUUCAAGCCAUUCCAUGGACACAGACAAAAUAGUGUCAGUGUUCUACACUAUGGUCAUUCCCAUGUUGAACCCUGUGGUCUAUAGUCUUAGGAACAAAGAUGUCCAGAAUGCUUUUAGGAAAGUUGUGAGGGGACGACGACUUCAAUUUGAUAUAUUUUUCCUUACAGAGAAAAUCUAAUCCUCCCCUUCCCAACUCUAGGAACUAGCCCCGAAAUCAGGUUAUUUUUCUUAUGCACAGAGAAGUAUAUAAUCCAAACUUUUUCAAAGUUAACAAAUGUAGUAGAAAGUGUCAUAGCUUUGGAGGUAGGAGAGACUUGAAUUUAUAUUGUCUUAUACACUUUUAUGCUGUAUAGACCUACCAAGUCCCAAUAUCAGUUUCCUCCUAUUUAAAGGAUCUUAAUAGUAUCUUGUCUCUUAAAAGAUUAUUGUGUGGAAUUAAUAAUAUGUGCAUAUCAUCUUUUUUUUGUUGUUGUUCAGUCAUGUCUGACUCUUUGUGAUCCC